GUGCCCUUACGUGAGAGGAAGAGGCGGCGCCUGCCCGACGCUGCCAGUAACGGCUGUGCGCCGCGUCUCCACCCCUCAGCGGGCGGCGGUUUCCUAGAUCUAAAAGAAAGGCCGAGUUAGAGUACCCUUCCAAAAUGGCUGCUAUUAAGGAGGAGAGAGAGGUGGAAGAUUACAAGAGAAAAGGAAGACGAUCAUCACAGCAGAAAUACCGUAGACUGAAUAAGGGCCAUGAGCCUAAGGAGCCAGAGCAGUUGAGAAAGCUGUUCAUUGGAGGUCUGAGCUUUGAAACAACAGAUGAUAGCUUGAGAGAGCACUUUGAAAAAUGGGGCACACUCACGGACUGUGUGGUGAUGAGAGACCCACAAACAAAACGUUCCAGAGGCUUUGGCUUUGUUACUUACUCUUGUGUGGAAGAGGUGGAUGCGGCCAUGAGUGCUCGACCACAUAAGGUUGAUGGACGUGUGGUUGAACCAAAGAGAGCGGUUUCAAGGGAGGAUUCUGUAAAGCCUGGGGCGCAUCUCACAGUAAAGAAAAUAUUUGUUGGUGGCAUUAAAGAAGACACAGAAGAAUAUAAUUUACGGGAGUACUUUGAAAAAUAUGGCAAGAUCGAAACGAUAGAAGUCAUGGAAGACAGGCAAAGUGGAAAGAAAAGAGGCUUCGCUUUUGUAACUUUUGAUGAUCAUGAUACAGUUGAUAAAAUUGUUGUUCAGAAAUACCAUACUAUAAAUGGUCAUAACUGCGAAGUGAAAAAAGCACUCUCAAAACAAGAGAUGCAGACUGCCAGCUCUCAGAGAGUAAAAUACUUUGCAGGUCGUGGGGGUGGUUCCGGCAACUUCAUGGGUCGUGGAAAUUUUGGAGGUGGUGGAGGAAACUUUGGCCGAGGAGGCAACUUUGGUGGGAGAGGAGGCUAUGGGGGUGGUGGUGGCGGUGGUGGGAGCAGAGGAAGCUUUGGGGGUGGUGACGGAUACAAUGGAUUUGGUGAUGGUGGCAACUAUGGAGGUGGUCCUGGCUAUGGCAGCAGAGGGGGUUAUGGUGGUGGUGGAGGACCAGGAUAUGGAAACCCAGGUGGUGGAUAUGGAGGUGGAGGAGGAGGAUACGAUGGCUACAAUGAAGGAGGAAAUUUUGGAGGUGGUAAUUAUGGUGGCAGUGGAAACUACAAUGACUUUGGUAACUACAGUGGACAGCAGCAGUCCAAUUACGGUCCCAUGAAAGGUGGUGGCAGCUUUGGUGGUAGAAGUUCAGGCAGUCCCUAUGGUGGUGGUUAUGGAUCUGGAAGUGGAAGUGGGGGCUAUGGUGGUAGAAGAUUCUAAAAAUGCUACCAGAAAAAGGGCUACAGUUCUUAGCAGGAGAGAGAGCGAGGAGUUGUCAGGAAAGCUGCAGGUUACUUUGAGACAGUCGUCCCAAAUGCAUUAGAGGAACUGUAAAAUCUGCCACAGAAGGAACGAUGAUCCAUAGUCAGAAAAGUUACUGCAGCUUAAACAGGAAACCCUUCUUGUUCAGGACUGUCAUAGCCACAGUUUGCAAAAAGUGCAGCUAUUGAUUAAUGCAAUGUAGUGUCGAUUAGAUGUACAUUCCUGAGGUCUUUAUCUGUUGUAGCUUUGUCUUUCUUUUUUCUUUUUAUUUUCCCAUUACAUCAGGUAUAUUGCCCUGUAAAUUGUGGUAGUGGUACCAGGAAUAAACAAAUUAAGGAAUUUUUAACUUUUCAAUAUUUGUGUAGUUCAGUUCUUCCACAUUUGGUACAGAGAACUCUAUAACAGAAAUAAAAUGUAGUUUAGGGUGUUUCCUUGUUAGUAGAGAAGAUUAAUGCAUUUCUCAAUUACUAUUUUGUAUUAAUUUAAAGUUAACAAUAGAAACACCUAUUGAUUUGCAGUCUUAAGGGGUCUAGUCUCAGUGUAUAUAUGUAACUGUCAUUGAUAAGAGUUACAUAGGCAUACAGAGGGAGAACAUCUGUAUGUUGCAUUAUAGUUUGUUUAGAUGUAUAACUAGGAUUGAGUUAUUCAAAUUAGUGUUUGUGAAUUAUAGAACUAAGCUUUACCUUCAAAUGAAAAUUUCAAAUUACUUUUUGGUUUGUGCAUAUUUUUUUAAUUUGUAGUUCUGUAUUAGUAGUAGCGCUUCAAGAAAAUAAGGCAUGAUAAAUAUUUUAACAAGACCAACUUUAGUCACAUUCAAGCUGUCUCCAGUCUCAUUUGAGAUGUAUAAGGGAUAACUGCAGUUGCUGAAGUUCUGGGUGAAGAGAAAAAGAAACUUGCUUUUUACCUUUUUAUUUAUUGUAAUUCCCGAGAAGUCAAGGUGGGGUGGGAAUCAAGUGCCUGUUUCCUUGGGAUAUACAAUGAUUCUGUUUCAAUAAAACUAUACUUUGGGAGGGUGGCUUGGAAUUUUCAUCCCCUUCCUUUCUCCCCUUUCCCCGCUCCCUCACACCGGACUGUGCUGUUUCAAUUAAAUGAGGCAUCAUAGUGAGAGUAAUAGGUAUGUUCCUAAAUAACUUAAUGGCUAUAUACUUUCUUGCAUGCACCCUAGGCAAUUUUCUGGACACAUUCAUCUGACUGGGAGCCAAGGGUAGCACAGGUGUAAUCACUGACAGUCCCAGGUAAUGGCGUUCCAAAAGCCCAUUCACGAGGGGCUAUAAGUAGCAUAGUUUUCAAGCUUUUUCCCUUAUGAAUAUCUAAGCUCAGGUAAGAGCUUGAGGAUGAACCAAAACAUGAUCUGGUUAUAUUUUACUGACCAGUAAUGCUUCCCACAGCAUAGAAUGGUGCAGUUUUAAAUUUCCAGAGGUAGAACGAUAGUGUUUUAUACAGUUGAUUUGAUGCACUGGAGUAGCAAAAUCUUAUCAGCACAUCUGGCUAGAAAUUGUACUCAAUUCUCAUUACUGAACUCCAAAUUAAGGCACUACAAUCUCUGCUUUUCUCAGCUGAUGUCACUUCUCUCUCAACUAUUGCCAGGACAGUGCUUUCUGACAAUUGAGACUCAGAAGAGUAGGGAUACAGUCAAUAGAAGAAAUGUUCAGACACUUGACAAUAUGUGAUAUUGGAAAUUACACCUGUUUCACUUCUGGGUCAAUGUGCAGUAUAAGGUUGAAUGAGAAGCUGCUGCUUGACAAAAUGGGGAAUGUCUUGCACAUCCUCUUCCAUUGAAGGUUUCUGACUGGGUAAGAUUGUAGUGCAUAGUAAAAUGUGUUUUUUGCUUAUUUCCUUGUAGGCUUUCCCUGACCAGCCUUUUGAUAGCAGGGAAAGCUUUAAGUAUAAAGGAGCAAGUGUUCCAAAGAAUGCCAUCCACUGUUUCUUGUUCUGGAUUAGGGGUGUUGGCUGACAUAAUUGCUGUUCAAGAAUCUUCCAUUCCUGGCAGGUACAAUAAUGCUAUGUCAGAGAUCAACAAAAUAGCAAUGAUAAAUGGUUAUAAAUAUGUGCUCUGAUUACCGUUAGGAGUGCACUUCCUCUUUUUUGAGAACAUGUUCUUGAAACUCAGGUGACACAGAAGGGCUCGGAUAUGUAAGCUGUUCCUCACAGUCCAAAGUAGUUCUGUGUUAUCCUGAAGCUCUAACUGACAUUAAGACAUUCUGCGUUUAUGUGAUCAAUGAUUUUCCUUCCCAAUAAAUGCCUUGCCAUACCAAGCAGGUUGUACUUAAACACAGAGUUCCCUUUCAGAUGUUUUGGUUCUUUCAGGGUAGGUUUGUGGAGACUAAUAUUUUAAAGUGAUACCCAGCUGAAAGCACCGCUCUAUAUGGAUGAAUAGCAAUGAAAUUAAUUCAUGGAUUUUAUUUAUUUAUGGUGGGUUUUUUUUUUUUUUUUUUUGCAUGUGGGUUCUUAACUCUUGGAACGUGUAUUUCCUAUUCUGCUGUAUCCCAGCACUAUCCCGUACCUGUAAGAGUCUAUAAUGUAAAAAGUCCUUUGGAUAGUAGUUAACUGUCGGAACUUCUCAAUACCUCUUUGCAUCUUUGCAGUAUUUUUGAAAAGUCUGUUUCUGUUUUUGUGCUCAACUUACUCAGAACAAGACAAAUGGAAUACAUGCAGUUCAGGACUUGGCCAUAUUGCAGACUGAUUCCAGUAGCUGAACUUGCUAGCAGCUGUCUGAACAGCUAGAAAACAAACUUCAUGUUGGAACACAUACAAUCAGAGGUUAACUUGAAGUAUUUUUACAAUGGUAAUGUGCAAAUUUCAUAUAAUCAGGAGAUACAUAGUGAAUGGAAAUCUCAUAGUGAGUAUAUACUUAAAUAAAGUGUUGACAAAUGUUUUUACUUAGGGGUGAGCCAGAAUUAAACCUGCUGCAGUGAGAUCACAGGCUCCUUAGUAUAGCACACUAGGUAGCUUGUUGUAGGUGACUUGCUUGCUAUCUUACCUAGAGGUGAAAAGCACCUUAGUUUUCUCUCUGCUAUGCAGUGUUGUCCUUGUGAGCUGAUGCAGUCACUCAGUGCCACAAGUCGCCAGGGAAAGCAUUCAUGUGCUCAGUUUGUACAAAGGUAUUUGUCCAUUGGGGGAAGGUGGCAAUUUUUUAAAAGGAAAGAUCUUGGAAAAAUGGGUAAGUUCUACUGAACAAAAAUUUCUAGCUUGCAUUGCAGUACUCAGUACAGCAGCCUAGUAAAGCUUUACCCCUCCAUACUGUGGUCUUUAGGUUUUUUUGCACCAAGCGUGUGCAAAGAUAUUCCUUGAGCUAUGUUUGCAGUUGGUUUUGUAGCAUUCCUAUUAGAUUGAUUGGCUUCAGUUACACAUACCUCAUUGGUUGUUUUUUUGUUUGUUUUGUUUUUCUUUCAGAAAUAAAACUUCUCAAAGAUGAUCAAAUCCUUAAGGCAUAUUUGAUCAAGCAUUUUUUUGCCCAAGAGACACACUUCCAAGAGUUAAGGACAUUAUUUUUCUCUAGCAGCUGUAAAUGGAGAUGUAAGGAUGUGAAAAUAAAGUUGCAAAGUAUUGCAGUUCUGUAGAAACUUAUUAAAUACCUCAAACUGUGUGUUAACUCAAAAGCCAUUUGUCCUUCCAGGUAGUAAACGUAUUUGCCCAGAAUGAGCCCAGGCUGAUGCAGAUGCGAUAAAUUGUUUGUUAUUAGACAAUACCGAAACACCAUGGCAUCUUAACUUUGAUAUCCUUUGAAUAUUUUACUAUGGGAAUGGGAAUGCUCCUCCUCUUCCAAGUGUUGCUUGUGUGAUGUACUGACGUACUGGUUUUGCUUCCUGUAUUUAAGCCAUUAACUUUUAUUCACAGACUGUCUGCAUUACAACGGAGCAUUCACAUAUCAGUCUGUGAUCUCUGACAAAUAUUUGUAUCUUGUGUGAAGCAUGAAAGAUCUUGAGUAUCACUAAAAUGCAGAUAUCUGAUGGAUGGAUUCUUUUUCUGCUGUGGGUGCUACAGGUUGACAUCUGUCUAAGAUUAGCUUUUUCCUCAUCUAAAAAUCCAACUAUCUCCGUAGAAGAAAAAUGACCUUCAUGUAGAAGACAAUACUGGAAGAUUGGAAACAGAAUAAUAUAUUAAAAUAACUGGCAAAGACUUCAAGAGCAAUGGUGCUAGUAUGGUGAUAUCUGAUCCUUGUGGUUAAACAAGUUCAAAAAGCAUGGAAGUGAAAAAUUUCAGUAUAGUCCAUAAUGGAUUGAAAUGUUAAAACACUUCAUUUUUGUAUCAAAAUAAAGUGUAUGUUGUCAAAUGACUCACAAUCUUAAA